CGCCAUAUCUGCACCUGUGCCCUUGUCCAGCAAUCUCCAGCUGUAGCCUUACCUUUUUGCUCCUUGUUGUAACCAAACCAAGAUGCUUCCUCUCCGUGCCUACACUUUCAUCGGCCUCAACGCUAUCCGCGCGCUGAGCAUAAUCGCGCUCAUCCUCAUGUUCUCCUCAAGCAUCGUCACCCUCGUCCACGACGUCCAAGGUGUCAACCGCUUCAUCGAAGCCGGCAAGCACCUAUCCUCCUCCUCGAACUCGACCACCUCGGACGACACCAUGCUCGACUGCGACUACAUCGAAGGCACCACCGUCCCGCACCAGCCCGCAGGCGCCUUCUGGGCCGUGCUCAACCGCCUCCUCAUCAUCUUCCAAAUCGUCAUCCUCAUCCUCUCCGAGCUCGGCUGGCCCGCCAAGUUCUUCGACACCUUCUUCCCCGUCCUCGGCGCCGACUUCGGGCUCGGGCCCCUCGGGCUAUUCGAGUGCCUCCUCGGCGCGGCCGUGCUCUCGCACCACGUCGACACCUUCGCCCUCGUCUCCGCCUUCUUCCUCUUCUCCGUCGGCUGCCUCAACAUCUUCAUCGGCCUCGUCUUCCGCGGCUCCGCCCGCCCGCGCCGCUCCAUCUUCGCGUGGCGCGAGCGCGCGAAGGACGUGCUGCCCACCAACGUCGGCGUCGGACCGAUCAGGGCCGACCUCUCGAGCCCGCCGCCGUUCGUGAGCAAGGUGUGGGACGGCGUGAGCGAGAAGAUCGCGGAGCAUUCGACGGGCGAGAGUGGCAAGUCGGGCUACGGCUUCGGACGCCAGGGCGAGAAGGCAGCCGGUCUCAAAGGUUUCCUCCUCACCAAACCCGCCGAGUCGCUUCCUCGCUACGCUCCCAAGCCGAGUGGCUCGUUUUAAGAAAGAUACGGACCAACGCAACGAAAGAACACUCCGGGGCUCACGCGCGCCACGUAUCUUACAGGAUAUCACUCUCAUAAUGAACCUGCAAGCACAUGUAUCACGUAGCAUCCUCAUUCUAUAUUAU